AUGAAGCUGAAGAAGCAGGUGACAGUGUGUGGAGCUGCCAUCUUCUGCGUGGCCGUCUUCUCCCUCUACUUGAUGCUGGACCGGGUACAGCAUGACCCUACACGACACCAGAGUGGGGGCAAUUUCCCCAGGAGCCAGAUCUCGGUGCUACAGAACCGCAUCGAGCAGCUGGAGCAGCUGCUGGAGGAGAACCAUGAGAUCAUCAGCCACAUUAAGGACUCGGUGCUGGAGCUGACAGCCCAUGCAGAGGGGCAGCCGGCAUUGCCCCAGCACGCCCUGAAUGGCUCCUGGGUGCUCCCCCCUGAGAAUCGCCCAAGUUUUCUCUCUGUCUCCCCACAAGACUGCCAGUUUGCUCUAGGGGGCAAAGGACAGAGCCCAGACCUGCAGAUGCUGGCUGUGUACUCCCUGCUGCCCUUUGACAACCAGGACGGUGGUGUCUGGAAGCAGGGCUUCGACAUCACCUACGAGCCCAACGAAUGGGACACAGAGCCCCUACAGGUGUUUGUGGUGCCGCACUCCCACAAUGACCCAGGCUGGAUCAAGACUUUUGACAAGUACUACUACGACCAGACCCAGCACAUCCUCAACAGCAUGGUGCUGAAGAUGCAGGAGGACCCACGCCGGCGCUUCAUCUGGUCUGAGAUCUCCUUCUUUUCCAAGUGGUGGGACAACAUCAGUGCCCAGAAGCGGGCUGCUGUGCGCAGGCUGGUGGGCAAUGGGCAGCUGGAGAUGGUGACGGGCGGCUGGGUGAUGGCUGAUGAGGCUAAUUCCCACUACUUCGCCAUGAUUGACCAGCUGAUCGAGGGGCACCAGUGGCUGGAGAAGAACAUUGGUGUGACGCCACGGUCGGGCUGGGCCGUAGACCCCUUUGGGUACAGCUCCACCAUGCCCUACCUGCUGAAGCGCUCCAACCUGACGGCCAUGCUCAUCCAGCGCGUGCACUAUGCCAUCAAGAAGCACUUUGCUGCCACCCAGAACCUGGAGUUCAUGUGGAGACAGACGUGGGAUCCAGACACGAGCACGGACAUCCUCUGCCACAUGAUGCCCUUCUACAGCUAUGAUGUGCCUCACACCUGUGGCCCAGACCCCAAGAUCUGCUGCCAGUUUGACUUCAAGCGCUUGCCUGGGGGCCGGAUCAACUGUCCCUGGAAGGUGCCUCCCCGCGCCAUCACUGAUGCCAACGUGGCAGAGCGAGCCCAGUUGCUGCUGGACCAGUACCGCAAGAAGUCCAAGCUGUACCGCAGCAAGGUGCUGCUGGUGCCCCUGGGAGAUGACUUCCGCUACGACAAGCCGCAGGAGUGGGACGCCCAGUUCCUCAACUACCAGCGCAUCUUUGACUUCCUCAACUCUCGGCCUGACCUCCAUGUCCAGGCACAGUUUGGCACGCUCUCUGACUACUUUGAUGCCCUGUACAAGAAAGUGGGCAUCGUGCCAGGGAUGAGGCCACCUGGGUUCCCAGUUCUGACUGGGGAUUUCUUCUCCUAUGCGGACCGGGAGGAUCACUACUGGACAGGAUACUUCACCUCCCGGCCGUUCUACAAGAGCCUGGACCGGGUGCUGGAGGCCCACCUCCGGGGGGCCGAGAUCCUGUACAGCCUGGCACUCGCCCACGCCCGCCGUGCCGGUGCCGAUGGCAGGUACCCACUCUCUGACUACGCCCUGCUGACCAACGCCCGCCGCAACCUGGGCCUCUUCCAGCACCAUGAUGCCAUCGCUGGCACUGCCAAGGAGGCUGUGGCCGUGGACUACGGAGUCCGGCUGCUCCAAUCCCUCACCAACCUCAAGCGCGUCAUCAUCAAUGCUGCGCACUACCUUGUGCUGGGGGACAAGGACACGUACCGCCACGACCCAGCUGCGCCGUUCCUUGGCAUGGAUGAGACACGCUCCAGCCAGGACUCUCUCCCAGAGAGGACAGUGGUCAAACUGGGCACCUCGCCUCGGUUCCUGGUGGUGUUCAACCCGCUGGAGCAGGAGCGCCUGAGUGUGGUGCCAGUGCUGGUGGACUCCCCACAUGUGCGUGUGCUCUCCGAGGAGGGGCAGCCCCUGCCCUCCCAGCUCAGUGCAGUGUGGAACUCUGCCACUGAUGCGGUGCCCAAUGUCUACCAGGUAUGGGGUGCCCCACACCCACAGCCCAUCUGUGCCAGCCUCCCAUCCUGCACACUGCCAGGACACAGCGGCAGCCGUGCUCUGUCCCUGCCCCACAACACCAGAUCCCACAGCCGCCAAACCUCCGGCUCCCCAUGUGUGUCCCUCCUCAGCAGCAGCCCUGCAGUGCUGAGCAGGGUCUUUGCCCCACUGACCCCCAGUCGUUCCUAG